UAAAUAUGGGAGACACGUGCGUUAGACAGAUGUGGACAACAUGUUUGUUUAUGUUGCUAAUUGGCUUCUCCGCGUGCAGAUCCCAACAGCUAGAAAUGGUGACGAAGGAUUCGUUAGAGGAAAUUAUUAAGGAUACGAAAUAUGUUCUUGUUUUAUUUUUUUAUGACACUGAGACAUGUCCUCGGUGUGUAGCAGCUGAGAAAGAACUUCUUCAGGUAAACACCAUGCCAGACUUGUAUGACCAUGCUAUUCAGCUCAUUAAGUGUGAAGAUCCGGGGAUGGCAGUAAAGUAUGGGGUAACAACUGUUCCCCAGGUCGUCUACUUCAGAGACGGGGUGCCCGCUUUAUUUGAAGUGCCCCAUGAUGUUAGAGAGAUCCGAACAGAGGAUGUGGAGAUUUUCGUGGACGAGGCACAGCAGGUGGCAAUGAAGACACUUAACGAUGACAGCUUUGAGCACCUGACACAGGCCGCAACAGGGGCCACCACAGGGGACUGGCUAAUCAUAUUCUACCGACCAUCAUGUGAUGGCCAUCUUUCUGCUAUAGAAGGGGCUGGUGUUAAGCUGAGACACAAGAUGAAUAUAGCCAAGAUCAAUAUAGAUGAGAGUCCUCGUCUCAAGAAACGAUUCAAGAUUAUAGAUUGUCCUACAACUUACUUUUUCCGUCUGGGACGUAUGUACCACUACUUCUCAGAGGAACAAGACCAGUAUCAUAUCCGCCCGCUCAUCAAUUUUGUGUCAUCCUGGUAUAAAAAUGUCAAGGCAGAAAGUGUACCGAUGGAACCAACAGCGUUUGAUGCACUUACGGAGGGUAUAGCUGAUUAUUUAAAGGACCUGAUUCAGGGACCAAACAGAGGGAAGUUCCUGCUAGGACUUGGUGUAAUUCUCGGAGUUGUCUCCCUUAUUCUUGCUAUAGUCGCUGUCACCUGUCCGUGUCGGAGGAAGGAAACGAAACUAGAAUAGCAUCCCCACAUCAUCUUUUACAUUAUUUAUAUUUUAAUUUACAUGCAUUGGAACAUUUUUUUUUUUUCAAAUAUCAUUUUUGCAUAUAUUUACAACCAUAACUGAAAAAAUUAUAAAACCUGAUUCACGUUUUUUCAGUACGAUUAUUAUUUGAAUACAUAUGUGUUUUACAUGGUAUGUGCCUUACAAUUUGCAAUAUUGAAUCUUAUAACAUUUAAUGGUUCAGGGAACUGACGACUUCAGUCUUUGUAUUUUUGUAUUUUCUAUAUAAAUGAGUCUGUUUGUUCAUUUCUAUGGAAGAGAGUAGGAUUUGACCUUUCAAUAGAAAGAACCAUGUUUCAAAAUACCAAAUUAUGAAAAAAAAAAUUAACAAUAUGUAUGAUAUAAAUUUAUUUGUUCAGUUGAUAUAUGUACUAAUGGUAAUGAUAUUUGUAAUGUAUAAAUGAUAUCUGUAUUUAUAAUUGAAGUGGUGCAUGGGAAUAUUUUGCUGUCCUAUUUUUUGUUAUGUUUAAAGCCUGUUGAAAUAAAAUACAUUGUAUAAACGAA